AACGUAAAAGCCGAGGAAGACUGGCUGGACGAGCCCGCCAGAUUUGUAGAGCGUAAACAGUAGUGUCGGAUGUCCUUUUUAAUUACGAGUACAUACGCCAUAAAGAAGAUGUUUUUAACUUUGUAACGGUUCCUACGUCUUCAAUGACAAUGACUUUCAACGGAAAAGGAUUUGGAGAAUCAUCUCUCCUUUGUGGCAGUUCUGACAGUGAUUCUAUCAAAGUCUUCAUCCGAGUGCGACCUUUGACCCACGGCACCGGGCUGACCACAGAUGGAGACCAGAACCUAUGCCUCACAGUCACGUCACCCAACACCAUCCGUCUGCUAUCUAAACCAGAGCCGCGGACCUUCACUUAUGAUCAUGUUGCUGAUACGGAUACAUCUCAGGAUUCUGUCUUCAACAUUGUGGCCAAGAAUAUUGUGGAAUCCUGUAUGAACGGGUAUAAUGGGACCAUAUUUGCUUAUGGACAAACUGGCUCUGGAAAAACAUUCACUAUGCUUGGGCCAUCAGAGUUGGAUAACUUCACAGAUGAAAUGAGGGGGGUUAUUCCUCGCAGUUUUGAGUAUCUGUUUUUCCUCAUCAACAGAGAAGUAGAGAAGUCAACAAAAUCCAAGAGUUUCCUCUGCAAAUGUUCAUUUAUUGAGAUAUACAAUGAACAGAUUUAUGACCUGUUGGACACAGCGUCUGCCAGCCUUUUUCUGCGAGAAAACAUUAAAAAAGGAGUGUUUGUUGAGGGAGCUGUGGAGAAAUUUGUAAGCUCAGCAGCGGAAGCCUAUCAGGUUUUGUCCAUGGGUUGGCGCAAUCGACGUGUGGCCUCCACUUCCAUGAACCGUGAGUCUUCAAGGUCUCACGCCGUGUUCACUAUGACGCUGGAGUCCAAGGAGACCAAAAAUGAGGUGGUGAACAUCCGAACUUCUCAGCUGAACUUGGUGGAUCUGGCAGGAUCUGAGAGGCAAAAAGACACACACACAGAGGGCUCCCGACUCAAGGAGGCCAGCAGCAUCAAUCGCUCCCUCAUGUGUCUGGGCCAGGUGAUCAUGGCACUGGUGGACGUGUCCAAUGGGAAGAACCGUCACAUCUGCUACAGAGAUUCUAAACUCACCUUCCUUCUCCGGGACUCUCUUGGUGGAAAUGCCAAAACUUACAUCAUAGCCAACGUCCACCCUGGUUCAAAAUGUUUUGGGGAGACGUUAUCCACUUUGCACUUUGCACAGAGAGCAAAGCUGAUUAAAAACAAGGCUGUUAUCAAUGAAGACACACAAGGAAACGUGAGACAACUGCAGGCUGAAGUGAGGAAGCUGAAAGAGCAGCUUGCUCAGAUGCAGGGAUGUCAGGGCGUUCAGUAUUCCAGAGAUGUAGCUCCUGGAGGACCGGAAUUCACCAUGGGUUUACCUGUUGAAGAUAAUCAAGAUCUGCAAUAUCAAACAAAGUAUUUGGCUGCUGUUCGACUGUGGAAGAAGACAGAGGAGGAAAGAAAGAUGAUGCUCAAGAAAGUGGCUCAGCUCGAGGAGGCGUGGACGCAAAAAGACAGAUUCAUUCAUUCCAGCAGAAUGAUCAUCCGGUUUCGAGAAGAUCACAUUUCUCGGCUUGAAAAGAAGGUGAAGGCAGGGCAAACCUCCUUGUCUGACACCGAGUCCCAGGCUUUGAUCGACCAGUUGAAGGAGGAAAUUAAAAUCCUGAGCGAUCAGGUUGAGCAUCAUCCAAAAAUGACUCGAUAUGCAGCAGAGAAUUACAGCCUCAGAGAAGAAAACCGUCAACUGCGUUCUCUUGAUUCUGUAAUGAAAGCUGAAGAGUAUGCAGCCCAUAUUGCUGCUGAGCUCGAAGAAGUCCUUCAGAGGACCGCGGACUCAGAACUAAAGUCUUCAUCGGUUUCGUCCAUUUCUAUGGCAACAGAUGCAGUUUCUGCAGCUGCUGUUGAGAAGCUGAACGCUAAACUUCUGCAGAAGCAGUCGGACUUAACAGCUGCCCUCCAGGCCUUUGAGGAAUACAAAGACGUCACCAAGAAACAGUUGUCCAAGUUAGAGUCUGAGAAAAGAUACCUGGAAAAGUCUAACAGGCAUCUGGAAAACAUUUUGGAAGCCACACAUGCUUGUAAAAAACAGGAAGUUUCUGAACUCAACAGAAUCCAUGUUGAAACUUUGAAAAUUCUCACCACACCCACCAAAGCGUAUAACCUCCGCUCCCGCCUGGUGCCGCUCUCCAGCCCUGAACACCUGAACGGGAAUGAUGGGGACGGAGACAACAUUUGGGCGGAGCAGCCUCCAUCAGAAAUGGCUGAGAUGGCUUUGACAGAGGAGCUGCGCCAAGUGCAAGAACAAGCCAGUCGUGUUCAGACACAGCUGAAUGAAGAGGAGCUGAAGAACAGCAAGCUGAUGCAGCAAAUAGCAAAACUAGAGGAGCAAAUGGAUAUAAUAUCCAAAGAGUCUCAUCACAAGGAUGAGAUGCUUGCAGUUGAGAAAAUAAAUAAAAACAAAGACCAGCUUGCCUUUGAGGAAUCCAUUAACAGUCUGCAAAAGAACCUUCAGUCCGAACAGCAAGCUGCAGAAGUCCUGAAGAGUGAGAUCUGCGACCUACGCUUGAUCCUACAGUCUUCAGACAAGGAGCUGUCCUCUGUGAGGAAGCAGCUCAAAGAUCGUCAGACUGAGCAUCAGCAGGAGAUGAGUCAGCUCUCCAGCAGUUUGAUCAGCACACAGCUCCAGCUCGACAAAGUCCAACUGGAGUGGGAGCAGCUUUUGGAACAACAUCGAACUUUACAGGAUUCCUUUGACCAGUUGCACGCUGAGUCCAAGUUUGACUCUGAUCAGGCCAGACAGCAGCUGCAGGACAGACAGCAGGAGAUCGAUCAGCUGAAAGCCGAGGUGUUGAAUUUAAAAAAUUCCCUGGAGGCUGAGCAAGCUCACACAAACAGUCUGAUCUCCCAGCUGCAAGAAAAAGAGAGCUCUUCAAAAGAACUCAUUGAAACUGUGGAGCAGAACACACAACUUAGAAAACAAGUCUCAGACCUGACGGUGACAAACCACCAACAGUUGUCCAAACUUGCCGAUCUGGAGCAGAAUUUAUCCACAGCCAAUGAGAGGAUGAAAAACCUGGAGCAGAAGACAGAACAGGACAAAGAUGUUCUUUUAGACCUCAUGAACCAAAUCCGUGACCUCCGCAGUGAACUGAGCCAGAAGGAGGAAGCCUUCAGCCACGUGUCUGGAGAUGUCCAAGACAUUACAGCCAAAUAUAACACUGCUUGCCUCGAAAGGGAAAACCUCAGGGAACAAAACUGUAAGAUGCAAACAGAAAUCUGUGAUCUUAAAGAACGCUUAGAGAGGAGCGUAGCUUCCAAUAAAAUAGAGGUAGAGAUCUUGCAAGACGAAAUGACUUAUGCGACUGAGGAGGUUGACAGGCUCACCAAGGUUUUAGGAGAGCAGGACGGCCUCCUUCAAGCUUCACAAGAGCAAGUCGCUGAGAAAGAGCUCAUUAUCAAGAGCUUAAAGCAAAAGGUUCAACAGCAGCAGGAAGCUGUUGAGAAAACAAUAAGAAAUGGAGUUUUUAAACCUGCUGAGCUGACAGUCACACCAAAGUCCCUCCCUCGAACUCCUGCUACUCCAGGCAGCUUCAGCAGAGAUCUGUCCCAAAUGUUGGAGAGCCAAGAACGCGAGCUGGAAAGUAGACGCUCCUCUAUGAUAACCAUGGAGGUUCUUCUAGCAGAACUGAACGCUGAGAGAUCUGCAAAGAAUGAGGAAAUCAUAAGGCUCAAGGAGGAACUGGCUAGUAAAGAAACGGUUCAAAUGGAGAUUCAAGGUUUGCUUGACAAGUUCUACACCAAGCAGGAGCAGAUGAACAGCAUAAAUGGAAAUGAUUCUUGUGAGAAGUUAAAUGAAGCCAUCAGUCAGUCCUUGUUGAAAGAACUGGAUGAGGAAAGAGCAGAGAAGAGCAAAAUAAAGCAGAAACUUUAUGAUACCCAAAAAAGACUACAAGCACAGGAGUCUAUGUUGGCCCAGUCUCAAACCUGUGUCCAAGAACUGACCAAUGAGGUGAAAAACCGCUGUCUGGAGUUGAGAGAAAUGAGUCUCAGGAUACACGAUGAGGAGAAACUGCUACAGGAGAAUGAGGUUCUUCGUAAGCAAAACAUUCAGCUCUCAGAGGAGAAUGGAAAACUUGUGGGGCACAAGAACCACAAACAGAGGAUUGAAUAUCUCGUUAAGCUGAAAAAGGACAACACUCGACUUCAAGAGGAAAAUGAAAAGCUGCGAACAGAGAUUUCAUUGAUGCGAGACAACACAGAGGAUCCACAGCUGGAAAUGAUUCUGGGAUCUAGCAGAAAUCUUUCCUAGUCAACAAAUGGCUCUAAACUCUGUAAAAGGUUUUUAUUCAACUGUUAAAACUUGAUAAAGUGUUAAAAAUAAGAUGCAUAUGCUCAAUUUUUAGGAAACAUUGUUUGAGCUUGUUUUGUUAUUCUCAUCCAACAUUUGUACGUACAUUUUUCUGUUACCUGCCUCUCUCAAUUGUCUGGUUUAAUGUUACAGUUUCACAUCUAUACUGACAUGUACAGACAGUAGUUUGAGAUAUUAUAUUCUUUUUCUUGCCAUCUUUUUUGUGUUUGCUUUAUUAUGAAAUAAAAAAACGUCUCCAUUCUUAA